AUGGCGAGAGGGUUGAGCUACCUCCACUCGAGGAAGAUCGUGCACCGUUGCGUCAAGACUGAAAACAUGCUCCUUGACGACAACCUCAACCUCAAGAUUGCCGACUUCGGCGUGGCUUGUAUUGACUAUGACCCGAAGGACAUGACGGCGCCGGCAGUCACGCCGUGCUACAUGGCACCGGAGCUGCUCGUUGGAAAGCCGUACAACCAUAAGUGUGAUGUGUACAGCUUUGGCAUCUGUCUUUGGGAAAUCUACUGUUGCAAGAUUCUCUACAUGGAUGUCAAGUUCGACAACAUCAAAUCGGCGGUCCUCAAGAAACACUUGCGGCCUGAGAUCCCAAAGUGCUGUCCGCGAGACAUGGCACGUAUCAUGAGGAGGUGCUGGGACGCCGAGCCGGUGUCGCGUCCAGAUAUGCAAGAGGUUGUGGCAAUGUUGGAGAAGCUUGACACCAAGAAAGACCAUCGCAUGGUGCCGGUUGGGCAGCCUUCCGGAUGCUUCUGCUUCUCUAUCAGGCGUCGUAGCUUUUAA